AUAGCGUAGCCUUUUGACAGAUAGCAUGCGCACGCAUUUACGCACGCACGUUCAAGGCCAUCCAUUUGUUUACCGACAAAUGUGACAUUCGUCGGCAAUUGCAGACGCUGCAGCUGCAAAGUUUCCACAAAAUCCAGUAUUUUGUUCACGAUUUUACGCGCACAGCGAUUUUAAUUCUGCGUCCAAAAACAACACGGCUUCAAAAUUGAGUCGCCUAGCAUGGUUUCAACCCGUGGCCAUAACACGAAAUACAAAUUUUGCGAUGGUGAAAAGGUGCUCUGCUACGAGCCGGAUCCGACCAAAGCGAAGGUUCUGUACGAUUCAAAGGUACUGGAAGUGUCCGAAGGUAAAGACAAACGGGGCCGGCGUAUCGUAGAAUAUUUGAUACACUUCCAGGGCUGGAACUCAUCCUGGGAUCGAAAAGUUAGUGAAGAUUUCAUACUUAAGGAUACGGAAGAGAAUCGACAAUUACAGAAAGAUUUGGCGGAAAAGUCACAGCUUUAUCAAGGUGGUUAUUUGUAUCGCAAGGAGCGAAAAAAACAACGCGCCAAAAGCUUAACCGAUCGUAUUGAAAAUGCAAAGGCGCAACCCAUCAAUCCAUCGUCCGAAGAUGGUAGUUCGUGCAGUAACGGUUUUAGCAGGGAUGACAAUGAAUACAAUAUCGAUGAUAUGGACGAAUACUAUAGCAGCUCGGUGGAGAGCUCGCACGAGGAAGAAAAGGUUUACCUCCAAGCUGGAAAUAAGUUCCGCAAGCAUCUUGACCUAGACCAGCACCUAAUAGUGUCCGAUGGUAUGCUGGUUGAACUGCCAGCGAAGCUUCCUGUGGUGACUAUAUUGGAAGAUUUCGUUCGCUACUACACCAUCCGCCAACUGUUUGAGUGUGGCCAUCAGGAACAAGCAAAGUCCCGGCGGCGUAACAGUUCUGCCCUACGCAGUGAGCACAAAAUACGGGACUACGAGCAGAUACGUACGAAUGUGGAACUGUGCAAGGAGGUGGCAGACGGGUUGCGCGUGUACUUUGACUUUACGCUUCAGGAUUAUCUGCUAUACCCGCAGGAAAAAGCACAAGCCCAGCUCAUCCUGGCCGAAGAAAACCUUCAUAACUUCACGUACAUUGCAUCGCAAAAUCUGUCCCUAGACAUGCUUACCGUACGGCUUGAAUCGCCUACGGUGGAUGUGCAUCAGCCGCUGAGCGAACAUUCCGACCAUCAAUCGACAUCGGCUACAUCUGCUGAGGAACGUCGUCGCAGACGAUUGCGUUCACACAAGAACGAGGAGAACGAGUUUGUGUUGGAUUUUGGUGCCCUGCAACAGAGUGCAGCAGUCGCCUCCGGUCAGCAAGGACAUCAGAUUCAACCGAGCGUGGCAGUGGAAUGUACCGGCAAUCUGUCGCCUUUUGGAUCAAGCCUAAAUCUUCUACGUUCCGUCAUUCCUCAGAACGUGACCAUUUCGCGAGAAGCCAAAGAGGUGUUAGACGACGUAUUUCGGUGGCGUAUACUACCAUCGAAUGCGCCCGCCGAACCGUCCAUGAUCUACGGUGCAGUUCAUCUGGCGCGGCUCAUCGUAAAGUUGCCGGAAUUUCUAUCCGCAACGGCAAUGGCAGACGAGAAGCUGAAGCUUUUGCUCAAGUUCUUGGACAUAUUUGCCGAGUUUAUCGAGGAGCACGAAGAAUGGUUCGGGAAGCAAUUUUAUUUCAGCUUAAGGGACAAUGAAGGUGUGUGAAUUAGGGUUAAAGCUUUAGUUUUUAGCAUAUUACGUGUGCAGUUAUUUGAUAGGAAUAGAAUUAAAUCGAAUAAAUGUGUUUAGUAAUUUAAAAA